AUGAAGCUCUCGUUGGUGUUUGAGCUUCUCCUUAUAUUCGUUCUUUUGGCUUUCGCCGCCUCAAAAAGCAUAGGUCGCAAACCAAGUCCAGUUUGUAUGCCUCUACCUGGAGGAAUAUCCAAAUUUUGCGGACGAGUUUAUAACAUUGCGCGAUCUGGAGAAGAAUUUCGAGCUUGUUUAGGUUUAGAACUUCAGUCUAAGAGUACUGUAGAGGCAGCUGUUAGAGUAUCCUGCUUCAAGUUCGGUCCACGUGGUGUUACGUCUGAAUCAGCAGAUCCCCUGCCGUUAGUACCUCAAAAUGAAAAUCCUGACGAAGAUGAUGAGGAUUACGAAGAUGAUGACGACGACGAUGAUGAUUUUGGGUUAAGUGGUGAUGAGUACGAAGAGGCUGAAGACGAUGACGAUGACGGUGGUGAACUUGACGCUGUUAACGACGUCGAGAGUGCUGACUAUACAGGUUUCAGUCUUUUGGGAGAAGACUUGUUAGGAGAUCUAUUUGGAUCCGGUGGUAAAAAGUCGAAUAAGAUUAAAAAGAAGCAAGCUCCAACUUUACCUCCUUCAACUACUACAAGGCGACCGCGGCCAUCCCGUCGUCCAACCCGAAGACCAGCAUCCCGAGUUACAACUCUGCGACCUUUCGUCACUAGAACUACUACGGUUAAAUCUAUUUGGGAACAAGCAUUGCAUCAAACACCACUGUUGAAAUCUCCACUCACUGUAGUUGUGCCCGUACAAGUCCCUCAAGACGAGGAAAACGAUAUUUUAGAAAACGAAGUCGUAGAAGACGAAGUGGUUGAAGAAGAAACACCUGUACCAAUUUUGGAAAGUAACCCAACUGAAGUAAAUGAUGAAGUAGUUACGCCAGUUAUAACACAGAGUCCUCUUACUACUAUUGCCACUGUAGCUCAAGGUCCAGUUGAAGAGGAUGAUGUUAAUGAUACACCAGUUGAAGAAAUUGAAGGUCAAGUUAUUAGAUUCCCCUGUACCUGUGUUAAAAGACAAUGUGGGUGCUGCACGGGAUCAAUGCUAGAAAGGAUGGGUGCAAAUGGUUUGGCCAUGGUGAAGCCGGAGGAGAGCGGAGGCCUCCCGAUUCCCAAUCCACAAGGCGGCGUUGAUGCUGUCAUCGACGCUGGUGAAGAUGAUAUCGAGGAGUAUGACGACAAUUUAGUACGAUCACUGUUUGAGAUAUUGGAAAAC